AUGCCUCUAGAUCCCAUAGAAACCUCCGUCAACGUCCGAGCUGGAGCAACGGUGGUGGUGGCGAUGAUGACGCUACUCGGCCGGUACGUCAUUUUCUGGCAAAAGGGGUAUCAGAGCACAGACAACGUAGAGGGCUCGGCGACUUCAAAGCUAAAAGGGGUUGCCUACACAAACAUAUCCAAUUCUUCCGACCUCAGAACACCCUUCCCAGAAAGAUACACCAGAGUGUGGGACGUCUCAGACUACGUCAUACCUGCACAGCAAACAAACGGGUUUUUCGUCAUGACAAAUAUGGUUUUAUCACCCAUGCAAUCGAGAGGCGCCUGUCCGGAAGAUCCCGAGAUUGAUAGAGAUGCAUGCACGACUGAUGUGGAAUGCAAACCAGACGAGGGCAUUAUAACAGGCAAUGGUAUCAAAACGGGCAGAUGUGUAAAUGCAACACAUCCCAAAACAAAAGAAGCUACCACAGUCUGUGAAGUCAAAGCCUGGUGUCCAGUGGAAGUCGACAUAAGACCUUUAUGGACGUCAGCAAUUCUGGAAGAAGCGGAAAAUUUCACAGUUCUCAUCAAGAAUUCUAUUUCAUUUCCUAAAUUCGGAUUUGUCAAACGAAAUAUUUUGGAUACGACAGAUCCUAUGUAUCUAAGAUCGUGUAGAUACAGCCGACUCAAAGACCCACUCUGUCCUAUAUUCAGGCUAGGGACUAUUGUAGCAGAAACGGGACAAAGCUUUAGACAAAUGGCGAUUAAGGGCGGGGUAAUAACGAUCGACAUUCAAUGGAACUGCAAUUUAGAUCUGUCCUAUAAACUCUGUUUGCCCAAAUAUCGCUUCAUUCGGGCGGACGAGCAGGACGCGAAGAUCGCCGGAGGCUUUAAUUUCAGCUGGUUCGACACACCACUCAGAGUAGGAUUUGGGAAAUUCUACAGAAUCAACGACACGGAAUACCGAGACUUGACCAAGGCGUACGGCAUCCUCUUCCAAGUCAAGAUCACCGGCGUGGCUGGCAAGUUCGACAUCGUGCCGCUCAUGUUAAACUUCGCAUCGGGCGUUGCCCUUCUUUCAUUGCGUCUCUAA